AUGGAGGCAUUUGGCACAGGCGUUCAUAUUCUCCCUUCUUCCAACAGAUUCUACGUUGAGGCUUGGCAAAAGGAUGAGCAAACGUCGGAUGUAGCUUCGGAGUUUGACGGUACGGAUGAUCACCAGUUGUGGUUGGAUCAGGUCGACGAGGAAGUGUGGAAAUUUGGCAACCUAGACAACGAUGAGGCUCGUGAACAAGCCAAGGAGUUUGAUCGUCUGCAUUAUCCGGAGGUAGUUUCUGAAGACCACGAAGAAGUCAAAAAUUUUUGGAAAAAGCGAGUAGCUGAGGUUACCAGUGCCAGUCAUGAAAGUUCUUGUUGA